AUUGUUAUAUAUGUUUUCUAUGUUCACAGGUUGUUAUAUAUGUUUUCUAUGUUGACCCUAUAAUAAGCACUUUGCCUCCACCGUGUGGAUGAAAUGAGUCUCCAUGUUUUCCUCGUUAAUCGAGGUCACAUGACCAAUCUUGAUGUUGAUUGGGCAAUGAAAAGAGUCUCGGACUUGAAGCGAGCCGUCUCGACCAAGUUCGAUGUGAAGCCCGAGAAACAGGUGAUGCUAACAAGCGGGGGUCAGGUGCUAGACGACGAGCAGAAGGUAUGUUCGUACCCCGUUGGUACGGAAUCCAACCCCAUAUAUUUAUUCAAUAAAUCUAUGAUGGAACAAUCGGCAUUAUUGAGCAACAAAACUAUUGUUAAAUCAGGUUUUGACAAAGAGAUCCACAAUUCACUUCACCUUCCCGUAUGUUACGGCACAUUACACUCGCGUACACAACUUGCGAUGCAAAUACACGAGGAAACACGCCACCAAGUGGCCACUAUGGAAACUUUGGUAGCGGACGAGCAUCUUAUGUUUCAGGGAUGGCAAGCAGCCGUAUCAAACCUCCACGUCUCAUUGGUCGAUUUCAAACAAAGGUUAUCGUCCAUGCGUGACCAGUGUUCGCUCAUGCUUAGUAAAUCAACCAAUCACAUUGAAGUAUUGAACGGUUUUGAGGAAGUUUUAGAAAUGCUGAGUCGCAUUCCUGUUGUUGAGUCGUUGUUGAAAAGUGAUGAGUCAUCGGGAGUGACUUUGCUUGAAUGGAUCGAGGGGAAAUCCCCAGGUGUAAAAAUCGCCGACCUCAUCGAAGAUUGCCGACAACGAGUCUCGCAGUUAACGACAGACAAACUAUCGGCCCUCCUCCUCGAGUGCGACAAAGUAACGACCCAAGCCACCAAUCCUAGGAUGCGGGAAAUAUCGGGUAUUGUCGACCGAUUGGCUGCGUUGGAUCAUGUGAUCAACGCUGCUAGGCAACAAGUAGCGGAACAACGAGGAAUUGCUCAGGGGUUUGUGAAGAACCAGGACACAGCUCGCGACUUACAAGAGGGUUCAAUGAACCGCGACACUUUACGUACGUUAUGUGAAAGUCAUGUGACCCAACUUCAAAUCAUGCGCGACAAUGAGUCAGCAACGAGAGAAGCUCUUAUUAAGUGUGACUCGGCAAAAAGUGAACUUGCACAAAACCUUCACACUAGAUUAAGAUGGUUACAUUUUGUUCAACGGAGCAUCCUAAACGCUGACGUUAAGAUUUCUAUGUUCCGCGAACAACUGACUCAGUUAUGCCACCAAGUGGAGUUUUUAACCGAAGUUAAAAAAUCUCCGGAGAUUUAUUUCUCUUCGGUCGCCGAAUGCAAACGAAGAAAGUAUUUCUCGCAAGCAUUCACGCAGUGGACCGACGGAGUACUAGCGGCAUCGAAGGUUGCAAGAGAUCGAGAAAUUGUUCGAAGAAAAAACUUUAAAUCAGAAUUCAAGAAUCAUUUCUUACAGAAAUUAUUCCCCGGGUUCACCGACCGACCCCCGUUGAUAUCGAAACGACCCAUUCGACCUUUUGACCUCAACCUUCCACAAUUAACCGAUAACGAGGUCGAUCAACUCGGGAAGUUGUUUCCGGAGUUUAAGCCGCCACAGGUCCAACCAUCGAUCGCGUGUUUCCCCGACGCCACUCAACUAUCGUGGCAACUCGUGGUUUCAACUUCAACUAAAACAACCUUGGAUUUCCAACAAAGCUCUAUAAUGCCAUCUAUGACAUCACAAUCUAUGAUGUCAUCCAUCGAUUCCAUCCCACCGCAAGGGGAAGCUAUACAACCCGUCGACCAAUCAGAUCAAAGGAUUUUUCGAAGUUUGAAACCCGACACUGAUUACACAACAGGGGGGUUUGUGACAUCAUCAAUACAAAAUAUCAUCGACGACAAAAUAACGAAAAGUGAAUUUUUGAAAAGUUUCGAAACUCCACGUUUACUAUCGCCUCCUAGUGUGGAAGUGGGCAGCCCCGAUUCUGGGGAAUUUUUCAGCAUUCUCCCGUUGGAACCCCAUGCCCCACCCACCCCCAUGACCCCUAUAACGGAGGGGGUGCAACAAUCAACACCCAGUAAGAACAUGGAGCAAUCUAAAAUGUUGACGAGCGAGGACACCGACGAAAUGUUUCAUUCAUUCACCAGCGAUGUAGAGAAAGAAAAAGUUUUGAAGAAAAUCAAAGAAUUGGAAGAAAAUAAUUUGUUGCAAAAUGAAGAAUCGAAUAAAUUAAUUCGGAAACUCCAAGAAGAAGUAGAUAGUCUCCAACGCAGUCGAGACGCCGUUGUUGCAGAUUUUGAUCGUCGUUGGUCAGAGUCGCGGGGUGAAUUGGAGAACGUGAUUGGUCAGUUGGAGAGGGAGCAGGAGGAGAGGAGGAGUGGGUGGGAGGAGGAGGAGAAGUUGAGGAGGGAGAUCAAAGAACUUGAAGCAAAAUGUUUGAAACUCGAGGAGAAUAACAAUAGUCUCAAAACAGAAGUGGCGGCAAAAGUCGGUUUGAUGUCCGAGAUCGAAUCGGACGCAAAAUGUCGGAUCAACGAGAUGAAAAUCGAGGUCGCUCAUGCGGAAGAGAAGUCGGAACGAGAGGUGUGGGCGGUGAAGCGCGACUGUGGGUCCGAGGUCGAGGCUUUAAAGAUGAAAAAUUAUGAAUUGGAGAAAGAAUUGAGUCAGCAAGUUUGUGAGUUGGUGGGAAGCGGGGACCGGGUUCAAGAACUCGAGGAGCAACUGUCGGUGGCUGAGGGGGAGGUGGUGAGGUUAAAGGGGGUCGUGUUGAAGGUCAAGGGUCAAAUCGAGGGUCACGAGAAGGUCGUCGCCGAGGGACGAGUUGCUGUUAGCAACAUGGAGGACGAGUUACGGUUGGGUCGUGAUAAAGUCGCUCAAGCGGAACGUACGGUCGCGAAGUUGGAAUCGACCAAUGAGGAGCUGACGAUGUUGUUAGGGGGGUACGAGGGUGAGUUGGAACGGUGUCGGGGGCUCGAGGGGGAAGUUAGGGAGUGUAAUGUGGUGGUGGAAGAGCUGAACGGAAGGUUGGAGGUGACUCAGCAAAAGUUGGACGAUGUUUCCGGGAAACUAUUGCUGAGUCAGCAGGAAUUAUCGGAAAGUGAGAACAAAUAUCGCCUCCUAGUGGAGGAGUUUAGUAAAGACCGGGAAACCCUGAACGAGAAAUAUUUAACACUUGAGGGAGAUAUGGAGAAAUUAAAAUCAAAACACGAGGAAGAUUUUGAAAAAUUUCGCGAAAAUUUAAAAACUGAAAACGAACGCGAAGUUGAAAUCAUGAAGCAACAAGUUGUUGAUGUUGAAUCUAAAUAUCAACAAGAAAUUCAACAAAAUAACGAUAAGUGGUCGAUCAACGUCGAUGAAAUCAAUAAAAAGUAUCGAUCCGAGUUAGACGAGAUGGAAGCCGAUCGAUUGUUAUCGGUAGUCUCAGCGCAGCAACUGACCGAUGAUGCGAAACAAAAAUUUCAACGAAUAACAAACGAGCACGAGUCGUUGUUGGUUGUCGUGGAAACGUUACGCUCGGAAAAUGAAAAAUUAAAAGCGUCCCAAAAUCUUAAUGUUCCGUCUAUGACAUCAUCGUUGAUGACAUCACAACUGAUGACAUCAUCAAAUGGGGAAAAAGAAUCUAAACGAACAAAGAUGGACGACAGCAUUAUGACAUCAUCAAAGUAUGAUUGUGAUGUCACAGGCUCAAUGGUCGUGUCACUACAGGAACACCAGAUGACGCUAGAGAGCGCAUAUAAAUCGUUCGAAUCUCAACGUAACGCGCUCGAAACAUCGUAUAAGAAGAAGGAGGAAGACGCCACUAGGAGGCGACAGAUGGUUUUCAACUCUGCGAUUCAGCGAGUCACUUCGGCAAAAGACGACGAAAUUCAACGACUUAGGAAAAUUAUUGAUGAGUCAGCAACAGCUAUUGUUAGUCAGCAUGACUCAGGGGAAAAUGAAACUGCCGCGUCAUCUUCGACAAAAUUAAAGGAAAAAAUUUCGAUUUCAAAUUUUGAACCUGGUGACCUGGUGUUGGUGACGUACGACACUCACUACCGCCACCACGUGGUGGUAACACUUACACACACACUACAUUUCCUACAUAACGAUUCGAUGAACGAACUCGGGUUGAAACAUAACGAGCCAUCCAACAAGACUUGGUUGUUAUCGCGAUUCAUCGACCGCGAAUAUUGUCAGGCUCGUAAACCCAACAAUCGUUUCAAAGUUCCCGUCGGAACAAAGUUUUACCGAGUUCGACUUUCUAAUGUUAAGAAAUAAUUUGUUUGUGACCUCAUAAUACUUCACUGUACUUCUUACUGUGAUGUCAUAAAGUAACUGCCAGUGUCUCUUUGUUUGUGAUGUCAUAAUACUCCUUUGUCUCUUGUGAUGAAACAAUUAAGUUCAGUACGUCACAAUUUGUUCGUAUUAUGACAUCAUUUGUUAUUUGUUACGUAACAAUCGUUGCAUGGUCAAUAAAAGUAAAAACGUCAGCGGCAA